GACAGUUUCAGACCACCGAGACUCAGAACCAGAACCAGAACCAGGACCGAGCUCAGGUUUUCAUCACGCUGUGAAGUCACACUGGAGAGAAGUUUGAUCACCGAGAGGACCGAGCUGAUUAACAUGGCGGAUUCAGCCGGACACAGUCGCUAUGAGCGUCUGACAGCAGAGCAGAUGGAUGAGCAGAGGAUCCAGAAUGUGGCCUAUCAGUAUCUCUGCAGGCUGGAGGAGGCCAAGAGGUGGAUGGAGGCGUGUCUGGGGGAGGAGCUUCCUGCUCCCACCGAGCUGGAGGAAGCGCUGAGGAACGGGGUCAUUCUCGCCAAGCUGGGUCACCGAUUCGCUCCGAACGCCGUCCCCCUGAAGAAGAUCUAUGACCCGGACCAGCUCCGAUACCAGGUUGUGGGUCUUCAGUUCCGUCACACGACAACAUCAACCACUGGAGGAUCGCCAUGA